UUGUCUAAAAUGGCGGUCCGAGGUUGUGAAAUCCUGUGCGAGUCAGCUAUGUCGGCAAAUUUCUCCGUUUUUCUGUCCGCUUUCAACGCUUUCUCUGCCCCCAGUGGACGUCAUUUCAGCUAGACUUGGUGCCACCUUUACAAUUAUGGCUGCCUGAGAGGAGGGAGAAGCAUGGAGCAGUGCUAGGGACUGGGGAGGGGGGUGAUGUUAUUCUGACUCUGGGGAAAGAGCCAAGAGGGGAUCUGACUUCUGCCAAAGACUGUUGAGAGUUUGUUUAUUCACUCAAACUGCCUACAAAUAUAUUAUUUUUGUUAAAAAUCUUGAUAACAGUGUUAAGACUUUGUGGAAUCACUAAGAACUGUGCCAGUAUUCAUAUAAAGCCAUACAUUCUUAAUAAAAGAGUACUCUAUUUUUCUAUAUAAACAAAAAAGCAAGAAAAAGAUGUAAAAAAAAAGUUGGACUGCUUCAGACUUGAACCAAACUGUUGAUGACACCUCAGACAGUCCGGUGCUGUAGGAGUUGGUGUUGUGUAGUAGGACAGGGGAGGGGGAGGGGAGAGAGAAUACUACGUCAACGACCUUUACUCAAGGUCAAACUGUUGCCAUGGAGAAGGUCGCCGUAGAACCUGACUGCACGCCGCGAUGCCGCUCAUUCCGCCACGCCCGGGACCUGUUCUCGGUCAUCACCCAGGGAACGCUUGCGCACGUGAGGGCGUUCUUCGGGAAUUGCCACAACUCGGGGACCGUGUUUGACGAGCAUGGGCGCACGGCGCUGCACGUGGCGGCGUCCUGCGGGAAGUGGGCCGUGGUGGAGUGGCUGCUGGGAUUGCGGCGGGUGGAGGUGGGGAGGAAGGACUGGGAGUCAGGCUGGACGGCGCUGCACAGGGCAGCGUUCUACGGACAGGUCGCCUGCGCGCUGCCUCUCAUCAGGGCCUCAGCCAGUCUACAAGCCCAGGACAAGGAGGACCUGACCCCGCUUGACCUCAUCAGGAGAGACCUGCCGGAUUAUGUGGAGUUCAGAACAACAGACCCAGCUGAUGCCUACAGCUGGGGAACCAACACUAACUUCACCCUGGGGCACGGCAGUCAGCAGAGCAGGCAACAUCCAGAGGUGGUGGAACACCUGUUCAAGGAGGGGGUCAGUAUCGCACAGGUUGUCAUGUGCAAAUUCCACACAGUGUUCCUGUCCCACAGUGGGAGGGUGUACACCUGUGGGCACGGCCGGGGUGGCAGGCUAGGCCACGGGAGUGAGCAGACUUACAUGGUGCCCACCCUAGUGGAGGGUCUUGCCUCCCAGACUUGUAUCCAGAUUGCAGCAGCCAGGGAUCACACUGUGGUGCUGACAGAUGAAAACACGGUGUUCAGUUUUGGACUGAACUAUUGUCACCAGCUGGGGGUGCUGCCUGCUCCUAAAUUCUCCUCCACACCCAGACAGGUUGCCCCGAGGUACCUGAAGAACAAGCGUAUAAAGGGUGUGGCAGCGGGGAGGUUCCACACGGUUCUGUGGACUGAUGAUGCCGUGUACACCUGUGGGCUAAACGCUGGGCACCUCGGUUUACCAAAAGGAGACAGGACGCAGGUCCAGCCUCACCUGGUCUCCGCACUCAACCUGAAGGACAUUCACAUCGCCAUGGUAACAGCGAGCGACGGGGCGACGGUCAUCGCCACACAGAAGGGAGACAACUACGACGUGUUCCUGCUGACAGACUAUCAGUGCAGGAAGAUUGCUUCCAAGCAGCUGCACCUGACAAAGCUGGCCGUGUUUGGGGGCCAUCUGGACUCCAGUCUGGACAGAGACACUCUACAGGAACAGGGGGGAGACGACUUGGUCGUGCUGGCUCUUAACUCAGCCAAUAAGGUGUACGUCUGGAGACCGUCCUACUCUUCCUUCCACCGCUGCUCGUGGAACUUCCGACACCGUGACCUGCUGGUGACGGACCUGAGCGUGCACAAGUACGGGAUCGUGCUGUGUACGCCGCAGGGGGAGGGGUUCACGGGAAGCUUCGUCAGUCUCAAGAAAAAACAGGAGGCCAUAACCAACAAAGGUGUUGAAGGCAAAGACAAGACCUUGUCCACGUUUGACUCCUUCUCGCUGUCUGCUGUUGUGGAGAAGUUUGAGAAGGAGGAGAAAGCCGCGGUGCAGCUGGAGAGGAUCCCGUACAUCCACCGCGCUACGGGCGUCACCUCCGACCCCAAGGGGAGGAACUUUGUUGCUCUGCAGGUGGACCCAAAGGCAAGCCUACUGGAGGUUCCGACCAUCAGUCCUUCAGACAUGGGGAAAACCUUCAGAACACUCCUGGACGAGGCCAGUUGCCAUGACAACAUCCAUGAUGUCAUCAUGCAGCUCCAUGGCCAGUCCAUCCCAGCCCACAAGUUCAUCCUGUCCUCCCGUAGCGACUACUUCCGCAAACUUUUCCACUCCGACAACACGGAAGGUUCCGACUCCAACCAUCCCGACGUCCUCAAGGUCAGCCAGGAGGUCGUCAAGGUCGAGAAGGUCAACCAUCACAUCUUCCUGAACCUCCUCCAGUUCAUCUACUCGGACACCUGUGACCUCCUGACCCCGGGGUACAGGCCAAAGUUCAAGAUCAAAGUGGAAGGGUCAGAGGGCAAAGGUGGAGGAGACUCGGGGAUGUUGAAUGGAGGGAUGAAGAAUGGAGAGUUCGGGGAGUUUUCCCUGGAUGACAUCGCUCACCAGUCUGCCUUCAGUGUGUACUCACAAGGGAAGAAGUCUCAGAAACACAAGAAGGAGACCAAGUCUAAGGAAUCCAAGUCUAACCAGCAGAGUGAAGAUGACUCUUCAAACCCUGUUAAAGUUCUGCAGAACACUGCCAAGAGGUUCGGUGUUCAGAAUCUGGUGAAGAGGCUAGAAGGGGUGAGGCUGGUAGGUUCCAAAGUGGAGAUCACAGAGAAGAAGCAGACCCAGCGUUUCCGGUUCAGCCAGUCCAAAAGCCCGCAUCUGUACGACCUGUCCAUCCGGUGUGUGGAUGGGGAGGUGGUGCCGUGUCACAAGUGUGUCCUGGUGGCACAACUGGAGUACUUCCGCAGUAUGCUGGGGUCUGGCUGGAUGGAGACAUCAGCAGACACCCCCCUGGAGUUACCCAUCCCGGCAGACGUCCUGUCCCAUGUGUUAGAGUUCCUGUACACCGAUGACUGCCGGCCUGUGAGAGAGGCACAGAACAUGGAGCUCCUGUGUAACGUCCUGACCACAGCUGAUCGACUCCUCAUCACCAGGCUCAAGGAGAUGGCUGAAGUCUCACUCGUCAACCUCAUCACCCUGAGGAACGUUGCAGAGUUGUUGGAGUUUGCCUCCGUGUUUAACUCUGCACAGCUGAAGGCAGCCUGUACACAGUUCAUCUGUCUCAACAUGGCACCACUGCUGGAGGCAAGAUGCCUUGAGGUGUUGAGUGAGGAUGUCCUGGAUGACCUUGGUGCAGCGUACCGUGCCUCCAUCCCGGCCAUGUGUCGCAGGGUCAUCACUCCUUAUAUGGACGGGCCUGACCUCAGCUCCAUAGCAACAGAGGAGGACAGUCUGGAGGAGGAGUUCAGCAUGGAGAUGACUGGGUCUUACACUGAGGAGCCCUUCAUCAGUGUUGAGGACAGUGGGUUUUCGCAGCGCAGACACAGGGACAGCACAGGCAGCCUGCACGAGCCGGUCAGUGGGUCCCCCAGCCAGGCGUGGAAGAAGGCUAAGGCUAAACCCAAGAAACGCACACGUAAAAGAACAGACAGCACCAAAGGCCUGAACCUGUCUGACCUGUUGCCGGGUUACGUCCCGGUCAAAGGUGACCAGCAGGACGUUGACCUGCUCAGCAGGAGCUUUGAGGAGGUCAGAGUUCAUGACCUGUCUGCAGGAGAGGAUGAUGGGAGAAGUUCUCAUGGGGAUCCAGAGAAAGAGAACCUGGCUCCUCCAGAGAGUGAUGCCUCCUCACACCACGAGACCUCCAGCCAGGAUGGAUCCAUCCCAGAAUGCAUCUCUACCCCACCCACAAUGCAACCUGGUGCAGUGCCAAAGAAGGGACCAUGGACCUGGGCAGGACCCAGCAGUCCCCCAUCCUCAGCCUUUGACCUGCGGCAGAUCAUGGCAGCCGAGCAGACGGCAGCCUACAGGAAGGUGCCGAACCUGCAGCUGCAGAAAACUGCCGCAGUGCAGAAAACAGCCGCAGUGCAGAAAUCAGCCGCAGCACUCAGACCUGCUGUAGUUUCUCCCAGGACCCCACCUGCUACAAAGCCAACAAGUGUCCCGUCCCCGUCACCUCAAGGACUGGUCAUCACCACUAAGAUGUCUCAGAAGGAGCGGAAGAGACAGCUGAAAUUCCAGGAAGAUUCCAACGCACAGGAGCAAGCAGCACGUGCCCAAGGAAAACCAGUAUCCAACCCAUGGGGCCUGACCCCCAGCCCUGCUGGCCCUGCCCUGUCCUUCAGACAGGUUCUACAGGAGGAGGAGGGUGGAGGCAGGGAGCCUGUCUCCAUGGCAACAUCUCCCCCAUCACACAGUCGGGAGAAGACAAUCAGUUGGGGCUUGCCGGUUCAUGGAGCAAAGCACCAUGGGAACAAACCAGAGAAGCAGGGAGAUUCCCCACAAUCCCCCAGGUCACCCCAGAGCCCAACAGAACAGGCCAACCCGUGGCAGAGGAAGGUCCCGUCCAGCCCGCCGGCUCCGUCCACCGUUCAGCUGUCAGCCAUCAUCGAGUCAGAGAAGGAGCAGAGAGAAAACCUGGUCAGGGCAGCAAACAAACCUCUGGCACUUAUUCAGAUAGAGGAGCGAGCCAUACAGGAGCUGCUGGAGCACUACUCCGCUGCAGGUCACCCCGAGGAGUUCAUCACCGUCGCCAGGGAGGUCAAGGUCACCGCGACCCCUGUAUGGAGGGCUUAGCAGGUCAAAGGUCACACAACCCAGUGUAGACAGCUUGGGAGGUUAAAGGUCACCCAAUCCGUCUGGAGAAUUUUAGACUGAGAAGUUUCGAAUGAAAACAUUGAGAAUCUAGAUUUUGAAAAGUCCUGUCAAAAGAUCUGCAUUAAAUUUUAUUGUUUCGAAAAGGUAGUAUGAUUAGUGUCAUCGCUUACGAUGAGUGGGUCUUGCUACACAUCCUGUGGUCUUGUACAAUGUAUGACUUGCAUUUCUCAUCAGUACACAGUCUUCAUCACACAUUGCUACAGGGCAAAUAUCUGAAGGCUUAACUAGGCUGUACAUACAACAUCCUUGAUAACUUUAAAACAAUUCGUCAUAUAUGCCUGUAUAACUUGGACUUGAAAAUAAUUUACUGGCAAAGGAUCUGGACAUUGUAUGUGUUGCAAUUUUUCCUACAUAUCCCCAUUGGAAUCCCCCUGUACUUAAGUAAUACUAUUGACUUUGACAUGUGGAUGAAAUAGGCCAGGUUGCAUGUCUAUAAUUAUUUGAACAGUAUUAAAGACUUGAUUUGAUGCAAUUAAAGAGGUAACCUUACUCAUAGCCUAAGGUUUAAGUGGUGCAAUACUACUUAUACUCUCCUCUUACACUACCAGUAUAAGAUCCAAACUUGUGAUGUUUUGAUGUUGAAUAACACCUUGUAUGAUCUUCAUGACUUCUCAUUUACUCAGGUUAUUUUUUUUUCUAUUUUGUUCCGACAUCUUGAAAAUAGUGACAGGCUUAGACAAGUACGCCUAUUGUUUUUCAGCUUUAAUACCAAAUCUGUAUGUUACAUGGUUCUUAUGUAACAUGUCUUUUGUGAGAAUCAGAAUAAUGAGUGAAAAGUGUGUUAUAAUCUGUACAUUGACAGCAAGAAUUUAUAAUUUUUGCAGCACAAGAAAUUUCUGUAACUGAAUUACUCUAUGCUCGCAAUGUGAUGUCGCUACCUUGGCCAGUUUGAUUGCCAAACAGUUUGUAUUGUUGACAGUAUGCAAUGUGCAAGUAAUAUUGAUAAGGCUGUCACUACAAAAAUGUUCUCUUAGAAUGAAAAGGAACAAAAUGUACAGAAUGAAGUGUGAUAUCUUAUAAAAAUGCUUGAAUCUGGCAAUUAAAUGAAACUUUUUGACAACA